AUGAAUGAUUAUAUUCAAUCAGAUAUUCUAUAUGUAAUAAAUAAAAGUAUACAAAAUAUAUUUGAUUCAUCAACAAUUCAUUCAUAUCAGAAUGGUACUUUAAGUAAACGAAUUCAAACAAAAAAUCGUUUAAUGUCCGAUAUAAAGAUUUCAUUAGAUUCAAGUAAUUUUGGUCAAGAUUGUAAUACUUAUGUUGUAAAAAGUUUAUUUCGUCAUCGUACAAAUGAUAUUUUGGAUGAACAAAAAGGAAUCGUACAGAUUAAUGAUAAACAAGGUGUUCAAUAUGAAAUACAUACACAAACACAUGGUACAUGGAAUGUAUUCAAAGGUCUAUUGACCGAUGGUCGUAAUGGUCCAUUUAUACCGGAUAUUGUUGAUUAUAAAAAUCGACCAUUAAAAAUUGGUAUUGUACAUCAACCACCAUAUGUACAGAUAACAAUGGUAAACGGUACACAAGAUAUUAAAGGAACAAAUUAUGAAAUGAUUUUAGUUAUUGCAGCUAAAAUGAAUUUUACACCUGUUUAUACUGUAUAUGAUACAUUAGGAUCAUUACAACUACCGAAUGAAUCGGGUACAAGUUUAAUACAAAAAGUUAGUGAUGGUGAAGUUGAAAUUGGUGCAAAUGGUUAUUGGAAAACAUUGGAUCGUUUGAAAAUUGCCGAUUUUACCUAUCCAUACGAUAUGGAAGAUAUUAGUAUUGUUGUGAAAAAAACUGAUGAAGAUCAUCGAUUUUUAUUUCUAGCACCAUUUGCAUGGGAUGUAAGUUUGUUUUUUGCAUGGAUAUGUUUAUUAAUGAUUGUCCUGAUGAUUGGACCAACACUUUGGCUUGUACAUCAUUCAAGUCGUUAUUAUGAAUAUUAUAAACUAAAUAAUGGACGUGGUCUUUUUAAAUUAGGAAAUUGUGUUUGGUAUUGUUAUGGUGCAUUAGUUAAUCAAGGUGGUGAUUAUUUACCAUUAGCUAUUUCGGGUAGAAUUUUAGUUGCAUUUUGGUGGUUAUUUGUUAUUGUUAUCUAUACAACUUAUAGUGGAAAUUUAGUUGCAUUGCUUACAUUUCCAAAAAUUUUUAAUCCAAUUGAAAAUCUAAAUGAUCUUUUAGCACAAAAACAUGUUGUUAAAUAUGGUGUAUUUAAAACACGUGGUGUAGCUGAUUUAAUACUUGAUUCACCGGAAAAUCGUAUACAAAUGUUGGCCGAUAAUUUAGAAUAUUUUGAAGAAUCUGAAAUACAAACAGCAUUUAAUUUGAUAAAAGAAUCAAAAUUAGUAUUAUUAGUACCGGAUCAAGAAGCAAAACAUUUAAUAUCAUUAGAAUAUAAACAAACAAAUUAUCAGGAUUGUCGUUUUCGUAUAGCAAAAGAACCAUUUACAACUAAACCAGUUUCAUUUAUAUUUAGAAAAAAUUCAUUAGAAGAUAAUUUUGUACAACGUCUUAAUCAUGAAAUGGGUCGUAUGGCUAAAUCUGGAUUAGUUAUAUUAUGGAAUCGUAAAUAUAAUGUUAAAGGUAAUAAUUGUCUUUAUCCAUUAGUAAUGCGUAAUUCACAAGGUAAAGAAAUACAAUUAUCACAUAUGACCGAUUGUUUCUUCUUGUUGGGAUGUGGUUUAAUCAUUGGUAUCUUUGUAUUGAUCAUUGAAAUGAUUAAACAAAAACAAUUACCAUUGAUUAUAAAACAAAAUAAUGAAUUGAAUUCAAAAUCAAAAGAAUCCCUGAUGAAUAAAAUAAAUAUGAAAAAAUUCCAUUCAUUAAUACAAAAAAUAAAAAAUGGUUUUCGUUAUGGAUUCUAUGAAAAUCUUGAUCGACCUAAACAACAACAACAACAACAAAAAUCAUUACAAUCAUCAGCUAAUGAUGAUCCAAGAAUGUUGAUUCAAAAAUCAAUUAAUGGCCGACCAGCAUAUUUUACCUAUAAUACUAAUUAUUAUCAACAACAACAACAACAAAAUAAUAUUAUUCGUGAUCCAUUUAAUCCUAAUCUAAAUGGUAAUGGUGGUAGUAGUGAUUCAACAUCAUCAUAUCGUAAAGAAUGGAAUAAAGCAUUUCGUCGACAACAAAAAUUAUAUUAUUUUCAAAAAAAUUUAGAUAACCUUCCGAAAAGAAAUCCAAUGUCAUAUUCAAGACAAAAACAACAACAAUUACAACAAAAAAAAGUUUUCAAAUAUCAUACAGAAACAUUGACAUACAUUGGUUGA